AUGCAGCAGCAAAGUGGAAACAGUUUGCCUGCAGCGAGGGUCUUGAACAAAUUUCAAGAAAACCAAUUCGAAAAAGUAGAAAGACUUCUCGAGCUGAGGGAAAUCUAUAAAUCAAAAGUGCAAAAAAUUAAAAAGAAACAAAACGUGGCGGAAGAUCUCAAAGAAAUCAACCAAGAGAUGGGAGUCAACUCGGAAGAAAGGCUUUACCUGGACGCCUGCGAAGCGGGCUUGUCCGUUUUGCAACAAGUUGACAGCAUAAUUGUUCGUUUGAUAAACGCUGGCAACGCCCUGGUCCGUUUAAGGCUGAUGGAUUUGAUGCGAAUGAAGAGCAUAGACACCGCAGAUGUGGAGGCAGUGCUGGCAGAAUUUGCCGCACAUAUGGACGACGAGGCCACGGGCCCCAAAGAGGAAGUGGAAAGACUGAUUUCAAAUUUCAAGGAGGCGAUGGAAGAAGAGGAGGAAGAAGAGGAAGAAGAAGAAUAA